AUGGCUUUGAAUACUCCGGACGCCUCGGGAAAGUUCGGCAAUGCGCGCUUUGCGUUAGACACCGAUGAUCUUCAGUCAGCGCGGGAAAUGGGUCUUCUUCUAGACACAGUGCCAGUCGAAAGUGAAGAUUCAACGUCUACAAGUUACGGUAUCGCCUACAAUCAACAGAAAAAUAUUGCAGACCACGAAUUUUCAAGUCAACAGUCCGUGCGAGCCAGCGUGAAAUCCUUUGCUCAGUCUUGUGGAUUUCAGAUUUUUGUGCGGCAACCAAGCGUCAAACCAAAUAAUUCGGAGAACGCCAAAUACCAGUGUAAGAAGUUGAAUGGAGCACAAUUUUUUGAUAGGGAGAUUUCUUUUGAGAAAAUCCAGUGCCCGUCUUCGUGA